CGCGAUUUUACUUGGCGUGUGUGUAACAAAAAUCGUUUUCUUUCUAAAAAAAAAAAAACUCAUUUUUAAAAUUCCGACACAGAAAUACGCUAAAUCGGCGCACACGUUAAUCUUUCGCGUCCACCUGGGCGUUAUAGAAAGUUAUUUUGUUGCAUUGUUUGUGAUAUCGAUAGCGAGAUCGGGGAAAAAAAUUUCUACACACAUCUCUCCGCGCGCUAUAGAUCGUUAGUAAAACAUUUCGAUCUGUCACGAGAUGGGCAACAAACACUCCAAAGAUAGCGAACACCGAGACUGCAAGAUGAUUCAAACCAGUAGUCGGCCCGACUCCAACAGGAACAAAUCGUUGUCGACCAUGUCGAACCUGGAACGCGAUCAGCUGGGGCAACGAGGAAGCGGCGACGCCGUCUGCGCCGGUCUUCUGCGUGGCCUCGACCAUAUCAGAAACCCGCAACUUAACAAGGGUAUGGCAUUUACCAUCGAGGAAAGACAGACGCUGGGUAUACAUGGUCUCCUACCGGCAGCCGUAAAAACUCAAGAAGAACAGUUAGAGCUUUGUCGCCUCAAUCUGGACCGCUACACGGACGAGCUCUCGAAAUACAUUUAUCUCAUAGGCCUACUGGACAGAAACGAGAAACUCUUCUACCGUUUGUUGAUAGAGGAUGUAAGUAAAAUGAUGCCGCUGGUGUACACGCCAACCGUGGGUCUGGCGUGUCAGAAAUUCGGUCUAGUUUAUCGAAGACCGCGCGGUCUCUUCAUAAGCAUCCACGACAAGGGUCAUAUUUAUGACGUCCUCAAGAACUGGCCGGAGCACGACGUACGUGCGAUCGUCGUUACGGACGGUGAGAGAAUAUUGGGACUAGGUGACUUGGGUGCGCACGGUAUGGGUAUUCCCGUAGGAAAGUUGUCGUUGUACACCGCGUUAGCUGGCAUCAAGCCUCAUCAUUGCUUGCCCAUUACUUUGGAUGUUGGCACCAAUACUCAGUCUUUACUAGACGAUCCUCUGUACAUCGGUCUCAGGCAAAGGCGUGUCACUGGGUCGGAAUAUGACGAGUUCUUGGACGAGUUCAUGCAGGCUGUCGUGAAGCGAUACGGCCAGAAUACGUUAAUCCAAUUUGAAGAUUUCGGAAACCUCAAUGCGUUCAGACUACUCAGCAAGUAUCGCGAUGACUAUUGUACCUUUAACGAUGAUAUUCAAGGUACUGCCGCCGUCGCCGUUGCCGGUCUGUUGGCAUCGCUUCGUAUUACCGGCAAGAAGCUCUCGGAAAAUACGAUCGUAUUUCAGGGUGCCGGGGAGGCGUCGUUGGGCAUUGCAUCGCUAUGUGUAAUUGCGAUGCAAAAGGAAGGAGUGUCGGAAGAAGAAGCGAAGAGCAAAAUUUGGAUGGUGGACUCGAAAGGAUUGAUCGUUCAAAAUCGUCCGAAAGGUGGACUGACGGAACACAAACUGCACUAUGCUCGCAACGACCAACCAAUUGACACUCUGAUAGAAGUUGUUAAAACAGUCAAACCCUCGGUUCUCAUCGGCGCAGCUGCUGUCAGAGGCGCUUUCACUAAAGAAAUAUUGCAAGAAAUGGGACGGAACAACGAAAUCCCUGUUAUCUUCGCUCUGAGUAAUCCAACAAGCAAGGCGGAAUGCACUGCCGAAGAAGCGUACACCGCCACGGAGGGAAGAUGCAUUUUCGCAAGUGGUUCGCCUUUCCCACCAUUUGAAUACAAGGGCAAGACUCUUCAUCCUGGCCAGGGUAAUAACAGUUACAUCUUUCCAGGAAUCGCGCUGGCAGCGAUAUGUGCCGGUAUGCGUACGAUUCCUGAAGAUGUUUUCCUUAUGGCCGCGACGACUCUUGCUGAACUGGUAUCGGAUGCCCAGUUGAACAGCGGAAAUAUUUAUCCGCCACUGUCUGACAUACAGAUGUGUUCGUUGAAAAUAGCGUGCAAGCUAGUGAAGUAUGCUUACGAUAACUGUUUGGCAUCAGUACAACCGGAGCCUGAAAAUUGCGAGGCUUUUGUCAAAGCACAGUUGUACGAUACAAGCUACAAGUCGUCCAUACCUCCGGUUUAUCCGUGGCCGAAAAUGUAAAUUACUUAAGUUUACCGAAGACCUUUUAGACGAAGACCUAACUUUUUGACGAUUUUUGGGUCCAAUAAGGGAGACAGAAUAAGAAUGUGUUCUCGGGAAUUUAAAUUUUAUUAGCAAACUAUUUGUUUUUCUGUAGCCUGUUGAUCGGGCUUAUUUCAAGCAUUGUGUACGCGUGCAAACGUAAAUUAGUUUGUAAGAUAAAUUUAUUAAAUGUCACAAAAAAAAAAAUAAACAUAUGUUCAACGCAAACAUCGACAUUUUUCAUAUUUGAAAAAGCUUAUUUUGAGAAUUUAUUUGCUGGUUGAACAAAUAAAUAUAUCGAUGCUGAUAUUUGAAAGAAAUUGUAUUUAUUUUAUUGCUACUCGAAACAUCGCUUUUUUUAUUAAACAUUUCCCUUGUUUGAUGAGACAGCGGCAUAUAUCAAACCGCGUUUAUUUCGCAGAUAUAACUAAGAACAAACAAAACUUACACAUUGGAUGAUACACAGUUGUGCAAAUCAAAGGUGUUUGUGACACAAAAGUAAAAACGAGACUGUGGCUUUGCGUAACAACGUCACUUUCUGCAAUAGUACUUCUGUUAUUUCAAGUUGUAAUUACAAAAAAAAAAAAAAAAAAA